AUAUCUCUAUGCAAUGCAGCCUCCCAAGUCCAGAAGUGCAUCAAUUCGUUCAUUGGCCUUAAGUUAACUAACGACUGUCUCCCUAACCAUCAGUAAAAUAAAUCAAGAUGGACGUCCUGAUGCUGCUACUGCUGCCUCUGUUUUUCUUGCUUAUGAUGAUGACCAUGAGAGAUUUAGCAGCAGCAGCAGCAGAUGACCAUGGCAUGGAGGACUGUCCAAUUUCAAAGUGCAGUGGCGGAGGCCAUGCUGAUGAUGGCCCAGUUAUCCAGUUUCCAUUCCGCCUAAAACACCAUCCCCUUCACUGUGGCCAUCCAGAGUUUGAGGUUUUUUGUGUCAACAACAUGACAAUGAUUCAGCUCUCACCAUCAUCAGGACUGUUUCCCAUCCGAAACAUCGACUACAGCACCCGAAGUUUCGAUGUCUACGAUGAUGAUGAUGCAGAUGGUUGCCUUCUGAGACGCCUUCUUAAUUUUACAAUCUCCACCAGCUCCCUCUUUCAACCAGCAGCUUCUCAAUUACUUAGAGACCGCUUUAGCAAGUAUCCCUUUCAGAAGACGCGGCCGAUGUACAAUUGCGCUUAUUAUGUUCUCCUUUCCGAAGAUAGUCCCUAUUUGGAGAGCGAUAUGAUAUCUAGUUAUGCUCCCCAUUUCACGGAAUUUAUCUUGUUAAAUUGUUCCACUGCAAAAAACUUUAGCGCACAAGAGUUCGGGUUCAAAGCCAUCACAUGUCUUAGUGCCCCAGGGCAUCAAGUUCUGGCAGUUCCAUCCUAUACUUCUGUCAUUGACUUGCCAGUGCCAACGUGCAGUACUUUGAGUUCGAGGAAACUCCUUCUUCCACUAGAAAACCAGUACCCCUGUGAACCGGACAAUGUUUUAUUGCUGAAAUGGGAAUCAAUGGAAUAUUUCCCACGAUGUCAAAACUGUACAGAAGAAGGAGGAAGGUGCGAAUUCAAUGACACCACCAAUCAAAUAGAGUGUUAUCCUCACCCCAUCUUUCCACAUCCCCAACAAUAUCCCCAAGUUUCAGGUCAUGUAUCGACUAGGCAUAUAAUCAUAGGAGUGAGUUUGGCUUGCUGUUUUGUGCUCAUAUCGGUAAUGGCGGUAGCAAUUUUCUUCUAUGUAAAACAACAAAGAAAUAGCAUAGAGGAAAAGGAGAAUCAAAUAAAGGUUGAAAAGUUUCUAAAUGAUCACAAAUCUCAUGUACCAACAAGAUACUCUCAUGCUGAUAUAAAGAAGAUUACAAAUGGAUUUAAGAAGAAGUUAGGGGAAGGCGGUUUUGGAAGCGUUUUCAGGGGAAAGCUUCCCAAUGGAGUUCCAGUUGCUGUAAAAGUCCUCGGUGAUUCUAAGGGAAAUGGGGAAGAUUUCGUUAACGAAGUGGGAACCAUUGGCAGAAUUCACCAUGUUAACGUGGUUCGUCUACUCGGGUUUUCUGCUGAAGCAGGCAAGCGUGCAGUUAUUUAUGAGCUCAUGCCAAACAGGUCCCUGGAGAAGUUCAUCUCGUCUAAAGAUCAAUCUAAUAAUGCUUUGUUCGAUUGGGAGAAACUUGACAACAUUGUCAAUGGUAUAGCAAAGGGAAUUGAGUAUCUUCACCAAGGGUGUGAACAGAGGAUCCUCCACUUCGACAUCAAGCCUCAUAACAUCUUGCUAGACCAUGACUUCAAUCCAAAGAUCUCUGAUUUUGGUGUGGCUAAACUGUGUUCCAAGGAAGACAGCAUUAUAUCUAUGACUGCCGCUAGAGGCACAGUAGGCUACAUUGCACCAGAAGUGUUCAAUGGGAACUUUGGAAGCGUGUCCCACAAGUCAGAUGUGUAUAGUUUUGGGAUGCUAGUGCUUGAAAUUGUUGGAGCUAGGAAGGAAGCUGCUCUUACAUCUGGCAUCACAAAUGAGGCCUACUUUCCCGAAUUGAUUUAUAAAUGUCUCAUUCAAGGAGAAGCACUGGGUUUGGAGCUAAUAAACACGGAUGAGGAUGCUGAGAUUGCUAAGAAGCUGGUGAUUGUUGCACUUUGGUGCAUCCAGUGGUACCCGGUGAAUCGGCCUUCCAUGAAAGCAGUUGUUAGAAUGCUAGAAGGAGCCUCUGAAAACCUGAUCAUGCCGCCGAAUCCGUUCGCAUCCGCAACAAGUACUCAGAGUCAGACAGAGCAACCAAAAACAACAGAGUCAAGUUAAUUAGCCACGCGCAUAGAGCAAGUGAUGAUGUUUUGAGUAAAGUAAUAAUAAAGAAUGAUAUGCUGAUCAA